AUGGAAGAAAUUACUUGUUUCUUUUAUGGAACAUUAAUGAGUCGUAAAAUUCUUUUACACGGUUAUAAACGUCGAAAAGUACACGGAGCGCCAUAUCCUGCCAUUAUUAAAGAUGAAAAUUCCGAUACUCAUGGAAUCGUAGUUAAAGGGUUAACACCUGAAGAUAUGCUACGUUUGGAUUUUUUUGAGGGUGAUCAAUAUGCAAAAAUAGAAGUUCAAGUAUUCUUCACUAAUAAUGAAGAUUAUAAAGAUAAUAAAGAUUAUAAAUAUGAGAAUGCCAUAUUAGCUCAAACCUAUGUCUGGAUAGAUUCAGUUGAAUUAUUAGAAGAUAAAGAAUGGGAUCAUAAAGAUUUUGAGGAAAAUAUUAAAGACAAGUUAUUACUAAAUGAAGAUCCUGAAGAGGUUUCAGAUUUUUUUGGUUGA